AUGCUGAGGGAGACACCAUCAGUUGCUGGAAUCAUUAACCCAGAUGCUGAGGGAUUUCAGAAUCUAUUAAUAGACCCAGUCAAAUAUUGUCUUUCCUUUGCAUUUUCAUUCUCUAUCAUAUCAGUGCUUUCUGGUGUGCUUUCUUUCUCCGUGUUGGUUGCUUUGUCCAUGGCUGAGAUUUGUUCUUCUUACCUUACUUCUGGGGGUCUCUACUAUUGGAGUGCCAAGCUUGCUGGCCCAAAAUGGUCACCAUUUGCUUCAUGGAUAACUGGUUGCACUGGUGGAAAAACUGGUGGUGGAUAUGAGGCCUCAAAGUACUCAGUCAUUGCUUUCCAUGGAGGAAUUUUGCUUCUUCAUGCAAUCACAAAUAGUCUUCCCAUAUCUUGGUUAUCUUUCUUUGGAAAGUUGGCUGCAGCAUGGAAUAUUGUUGGAGUGUUUGUUCUUAUUAUCCUCAUUCCUUCUGUUGCCACUGAGAGAGCUAGUGUCAAAUAUGUCUUCACUCACUUCAACACUGAUAAUGAGCAAGGAAUCGGCAACUCGGUGACCCCAAUUUUUGUUCUAUGUAACAGAAGGGUUUCUUCUCAUUUUUCCUUAAUUGAUGUCCAAGAGAUGGAUGCAAUAGUGUCAAGUUUUAAUGCUUUUGAAACUAAGGAAGCAGGCCCACUAAUUCUAACAUGGGCAGUGUUUCUUUGUCUGAUUUCAUCACUUCUGGGAAAAGAAGAAAACAAUGUUCUAAUGGAGAUUGGUCAUAUUAUCUAUGUUCGUCAAGCUUUUGAAGAAAAAAUUCUUCAAAAGCUUUGA